AUGCCCCUACUAUCCCUGCUCUCGACUACGCUCGCCUCCAUAGACGCUAGCCCUCGAGUGCUCCAAGUGCUCCGGGACCUGCACAAGCAAGCUCUUUCCGAGAGCCCGUUCGUGAGCACGAGCGGGCCGAUCACGGAUGCGUUGGAGAAGUUCGUGGCCCUGGACCCCGACAAGUGCGCCUUGGUGUAUCUCUUGCUCCGAUCCACGGGGGCCCGCUUCGUCGUCGAGGCCGGGACCUCCUUCGGCCUGAGCACGAUAUACCUAGCCCUCGCCGUGGGGCAGAACGCGGGCCUGGCGCCCGCCCAGAGCGCCAAGGUCAUCGCGACCGAGAACGAGCCGACCAAGGCGGCGCGAGCUCGGGAGCAUUGGAGGGCCGCCGGAGACGACGUCGAGAAAUGGAUCGAGCUGCGAGAGGGCGACUUACGCGAAACCCUCAAGACGGAUCUGCCUGAGCAGAUCGACUUCCUGUUGCUUGACAUCUGGACGCCUCUGGCUCUGCCGACUCUUCGUCUCGUCCAUCCACGGCUGAAGGUCGGGGCCAUAGUCGCUGCGGACAACGUCAUCGCCGCGUCCAAGGGGUACAAGGACCUAGUGGACUUCCUGGAAGCUCCCGCCAACGGAUUCAAGACGACGACAGCCCCGUACGAAGGAGGUCUUCUGCUUUCCGUAUACCUCGGGAAGAAGGGCGCAUAG